CAGACAUGCACAUAUACAUAUCACAUAUCUUACUUUUUCCUGUCUGAAAGCAUUUUCAUUAACAUAAAACAAGUGGAAACCAGGUGUUUGUGAAAGCAUGUUUAUUGAAGAGGGAGCAAAGAACUGGUUUGUUGGUGAGGUGGAGGGGGCUGAGUUCACCUCUAAAAGGCGUGUCAAAAGCAUGACAAACAUUAUGUAUCACCUCAUCAGAGGAGGAGAGUGGACGUAGAAGGAAGGAAGAGAGGAUCAUGAUGAAUGAGAAGAAAAGAGAGAAAGAAACAAGGUCACAACAGGAAAGCAGGGACAGACAAAGCAAAGACAGAAGAACUGAAGCCAGACUUUUCCCACAGUAAGUGUUCAGCUGCAAACUGUGACAAUGUGGAUGGAAUACAAACCAGACACAGAGGAGGUGUGUAACAAUCCACCCAGCCUCAGCAGCCGCGUUUAUAAAACAGUGCUGCUAUUUACCGGAGACAUGGAGUACAUGGAUAAGUACAUGCAAGACAAACCCUAUUUGUUGCAGCUGGCUGUGUGCUGCUUUCGGGGGGUGUCCAGGGUGAGUUUAGCCAACAACCCACUGAGUGGUGCCCUCAUUCUGGCUGCUCUAUACUGGGACUCCCCCUGGCAAGGUCUGCUGGGAACUCUGGGUACACUGGUCUCAACACUUACAGCUGUGGUCAUAGGACAAGACAGUGCUGAGGUGUUAGGAGGACUCCAUGCUUAUAAUGGGACGUUGGUCUCCUUGCUGAUAGGAGUCUUCAACUCAGCUGGAGACUGGUACUGGUUGCUGCUGCUCCCGGUCUGCUUCAGCUCAGUGUCCUGUGUCUUCCUCCAAAGUGGUCUGUCCUCGCUGUUGGCCCAUUGGGACUUGUCGUCAUCUGUAUAUCCCUUUAACAUCGUGUUGCUCCUCUACCUCCUUUGUACCGGCCCGGACAAUCCAUAUUUCCCACAUUACCAAGUCCUGCCUCCAGGGGGCCUGGAUGUUAAUGACACAAAUGUCAUUGCACUUGAGAUGAUACGUGCCGUCCCUCUUGGUGUGGGUCAGAUCUUUGCCUGUGCAACGUUGGGGCCUUCUUUCCUCAUCUUCGGAGCAGUGGUUCUCUACUCCCCGUUGCUGGCUGCUCACGCCAUGCUGGGAUCAGCCAUCGGUUUACUGGCUGGUUUAUCCGUGGCCGUGCGUCAUGAUCAUCUUUAUUCAGGACUGUCAGGGUUGAACGGAGCUCUGGGCUGCAUGGUUGUUGGAGGACUGUUCUUCACCCUCAACUGGAGGACGCAUCUCUUUGCUGUAGCCAGCGCCUUCUUUGCUUCAUAUUUUGACAUUGCUUUGGGAAACCUUCUGGGAACUGUGGGUCUUCCAUCCAGCAGCGUAGCAGCCACUUUCACUGUUACACUGAUGUCACUGCUAACAGGCACUUUAGCACAACAUCGCAUCCCUCCCAGUCAAGUCAGUUCUCCGGAACUUAACCUGCUGUGUCGUAGCAAGUGGAAAAUUACAAGGACCAGCGAAGAAGAAUGUACUGCACAGUUUUCACCUUCAGCUCAGAUCACUUUGCCUAACCUUUAAGAUGACGUUGUGACAAAUCAGUGUUUCAUGCACGAUGUGUCUUUCAUUUCUCACGCAGUCUGCUCUCCUCCUGACAGCAGUCACAUCGUCAGAUUAGUUUUACAGUGACCUAGUGCAGUACUUACACCAUGUAGAUCCAUGUCUUACUGGAGCCAUGUUUUCAUGCUUGGUUAUGAUAGGUUCAGUGACUCAACAAAAAGCAUGAAGCAGUGCCUUUGAUUGCCAGUGCCUUCCUUCUGUUGGUAUUUGCUUGAAGACCGUGUGGUGUCAGUAACUUUUCAACUUUACUGCAGAAUACACAUCUUUUGGGAAACAAGUAUUAUAGAGUCAAACAAGUACAUGUACCUAUUCUUACAGUACAUUGUAAAAAUGUCAUCAUAAUAUUUUUCUAACAGCAACUAUUUGAAGAUGCCAUUGUUCUAUUGCUUUACCAGAAGGUGGCGGUGUGGUGUUUACAUUUGAUUAUUCACGUAUCAGUUAAUGAAUAGUUCAAAUGACUCCCUUAAAAGAGAUAUUUAAAACCACUAAUAUUUGCAGUGAGCUUAUACAUCACUCCUUUGUCUUUAUGACAAACACAAACACAGAAUAAAGGGAAAGAAAGCAUAUUUUAAUGUGCAUAAAAUUAACCAGACAAUUCAACAAAAUUACCCAUUCUUUUUACUGAGAACAAUAAAAACAUAAUGGAUCUUACAGUUAUUGGUUUCAAUCUUUCAUUGUUCUGCA